AUGGAGAGCAAUAAGACGACUCGGUCUAAAACCAACGCACGCAAAGAGCCUGAGGUACCUCCAGGAGGCGCUGGCAGUGGCAACCCCCCAAAGGGAGCAGAAAUAAACGUGAUAGCCCCCACUAGCGAACCGCACGAUAGCGAAGAAGAGAGGUCCAUUGACCUGAUUGCAAAGAACCCGAUCCUAUCAGUAGAGACGAUGAAAGAAGUCAUCACGAAUACGUCAACCCCAGCAGAGGAAGAUUUAGCCGCCGAACGCUCUCACGUUUGGGCGAAGAUGAAAGAAGCGCAAACCGUUGGCGACAACCUGUUGGCGAAGAUACUCCUUAAAGCGUACAACGACUUAGAACCAAUUCCAGCUGAUGUUCCACUGAAGUUGACCAGAUCCCUGUCGGCCCUUCCAAUCUUAACUUGCUCGUCAGAAGUGCCAGCUCCCAAGAAGAUAGUCGAAGCGGAGACAGAGGUAGAAGAUAAUCUAAUCUACGCCGUCGGCACAGUUACUAGCCACCAAGAUAUUGGCUUCACUCCAUAUUUCGAUGAUAACAUAAGAAAACUAAAAGCCCCUUUACCGUUAACCAUUUUUGAUAGAGGCCCUAACUGUUAUUCGGUUGUUUGCGAAUUCAGAAUGGCAAAAGAAAGCUUUGACAGCCCAUCUGAUGCUGAAGCCAUCAAAGAACUCUGA